UCAGCAAACAAAGAAACGCUACUAUACUACAAUCAAUCUACUCUCUACUACAUCUCUUUUUCUUAUAAACAAACUACUACUACCACUACAUACCAACACCACCAACCACAAUGUCCUCCACCGACUCCACCAACAACAACAACACCACCACCUCCACCUCCACCCUCAAAUCCUACGUCGACCAAGCAACCGGCAUGGUCCAACGCGCCGCUGGCUCCCUAACCGGCGACUCCUCCGCUCAAUCCACCGGCACUGCCACCCAAGCCCAGGGCGAAGCCGAACACAACGCCAGCCACAACAACUUCACCAAGCUUGGUCCCGUUACCGCCGACCCUGCCACGGGCGCCGCCGCCACAGACCACCCGCAGCGCAGCAACGGCAGCUGGGACCAGACUGUGGGCUCGGCGAAGGAAUCAUUGGGCAAUUUGAUUGGCAAUGAGGGGUUGAGGAAGGCCGGCCAGGAGCAGAAUGCGGCGGGAAAGCAGGCUGAGGCCGAGGGCCAGAUGAGGGAUUGGAAAGAGGGUGUUGAGGGUAGGGCCAAGGGAGCCGUUGGGAAGGUCGCUGCUGCGGCGACGGGUGAUGAGGAGGAGGAGAGGAAGUGGAGGGAUGUGCAUGAUGAGGGGAAGGUUAGGCAGAGGGGCGUGGAGAGCGAGGUCCAGAAGAGAUAUUAAUUUUCCCUUCCUUCCUUCCUUCCUUCCUUCCUUAUGGGGUUGGGAUUAUGUGAUGUGAUAUGAUGACUUGCUAUGAUACAAUAUGGGAAUGGAGUUAUUGAUUUGCUUUAUCA